AGUAUCAGCACCUUAGCAAAGCAUGAAGGAACAGGAAUAAACCCAAACAAACCAUGUGGCAAGGGAAUGCAUGUCCGGCUUACAACUCACAUGAUGUCCGUCAUCUUUACACUGCGCAUGCUCAAUCGUCCUGACAGCUACGGGUAUCACGGUAAACACGGGUACAUACUCUUCAUUCUGCAGGAUCUCCUCCUCUUGCUCUCGGGAGAUUGACGGUUGAAGAGAAGAAGAAUUUAUUUACUGCUGAGCACCUGGACACAUCAUGUCCACAUACAUUGCUUUGGCUCUUACGCUGCUGCGUUACCUGUCAGUGUCUGCGCUGACACCAGCUCCCACGGACUUUGAAGGUCCUGGAAUUUCGAUCAAGCAGGAUGAAGUAUUUGACCCAACCAUACUACUUAUCACUUGCGGGGAAUCAUAUUGGGGAGAUGAUACUCUCUUCAACCGGGAAAUCAGCCACAUUCCUGACCAACCUUCUGGAACAUCCACCCCGCGACAAAUCGCCUUCAGUGGCAGGUCUUCAGUAACGAAACUCGGAGUUUUAAAUCCAGAUGCGGCAAAGCCAGGGGUAGUGGUCACGAGUGUGCUUUCCCCUCUCACUGUCAGCUAUGUAUCUGGAACUUGUGAAGACACAGGUCUGUACCGAUGUAAGGAGGUGUAUCGGCCAGUUAACGAGGGAAAUUAUACGAUGAAAGUCAGCGAGGCCAGAGUUCAAGCCUGCUCGCCUGGCGCCAUUGCGACUUUGGAGAGUUUCGUGAAUGCGACUUUUGUGAGAACGAAGUUGGUGUGUCGGGUGAACACCAGUCUUGUGUUUGAACUGCUUAGUCUGGAGAUCAGCGUUGUCAGGCAGGGCAACCGGCACCUGCUGGCCUACAUCAACAGUUUCCUCAACGACGCAAAACUCAGCUACGUGAGCAAGGACGUGACGGCGGAAGGUCAAAUCCACCCGUUUCACCCGGCUGCAUCCAGUCUCAACGUGACCUCUGACGUCACUUCCUUUCUGGAUGCGUCCGAACACACGGCCACGUGCACAGCCGUGUACUUGGCUAGAUAUGGCGGCGCCAGGAAUGUAGUGUCCAUGGCGGACAUCAAGGUAUGGUUCCAGAUAUGAGGACUGGCAAUGGAGCUCGAGAUGGAAGAUGGAAGAUGAUGGAAGAUCUUCGACUAGCUGGACGUAGACAUGACUAAGCUGACAUAAAAUAAUACAUAAGAUAGUGAUGCCAUCUUAGGUGCACCUCUAUUGAUGCUGAAGUCCACAUAACAUUUUUUGUCCAUUUAUCCACUUGUUCACUGUCCUUGUUCACUUUCCCUUUAUAAGCAGGCAUUUCACUGACAGAAGGCAGUGUUUCUCUCAAAUAAAAAAUAAAAUCUGUGAAAUAUAUAAAGUCGCAAUGAAAGAGAAAUUAAAGAACUAAUGAAGGAAAGUUGGCUAGUAAAGAUUUUUGAUAAAUGUAGAACGCUUACAUUUCUUGUAGAAGAAUAAAUGUCAGAUUUAUUA